AUACGUCACCAGUCAAUUUAUUGAACUGUAUAGAAAAGGAGAAAGCUCCAAAUUCAAAUAAAUUAAAGACGCAAAAAUGUUUGGCUAUGAAUUAAAAAAUGUAGUUUUAAUAACAGGUGACGUCAGAUACACACAUAAAUAAAAAUCAGCUGUUCGUAUAAUUUUAGAUUAUAAAUAUAUCUCACAAAGUAUUCUCAAUAUCAGUAUGGAUGAUAACGAUUUUCAUCUUGGACCUGUCAGCAUUAGUAUAAUAGGAGAAAAUUUAUAUUUAGGUGGUUUAGCAGCCGCAAAAAACUUGGAAGUAUUGAAGAAGUACGAGAUCACGCAUAUUUUAACAAUAGAUAUAUGCCCCUUACCUCGUAGGGUUCUAGAGCAAAAGCAUCUAGUAAUAAAAUUUAUACAGUUAUCAGAUCAACCCCAUGAAGAUAUAUUAUCACAUUUCGAUGAAGCAGAUCUGUUUAUAAAAGAAGGCAUAGAAAAAGGAGCAGUAUUAGUACAUUGUUAUUUUGGAGUGUCAAGGAGCGCAACACUUGUAAUAGCUCAUAUAAUGAAAAAAUAUCAGCUCACUUAUUAUGAAGCAUUCAAAAAAGUUAAAGAUAAAAGAAAAUUAGUUUGCCCUAAUUUGGGUUUUGUUACGCAGUUGAAACUAUAUAAGGAUAUGGGAUAUAAGAUAGAUAAGAAUAAUAUGAAUUAUAAAAUACAUAGAUUAACAAUGGCCGCUCAUAAGGUGCGAAAAGUGAAAAUCCUACCGCAAGAAUUUCACUGCCUGAUUCAACCGGAUCCCAAUCUCGAACAGUCUAAACCAGAGCCUAAUGUGUAUAGGUGUAAAAAAUGUAGAAGAAUAUUAGCUAAAGAAUCUAACUUAAUCUUACAUCAGACAAAUGGGGUAACAUGUAAAGAAACAUAUUUUAUUGAACCAUUAGCUUGGAUGGAUGUUAUACAACAUGUAGAUGGUAAACUGAUGUGUCCAAAAUGUAAUAGUAAAUUAGGAUCAUUUAGUUGGGUGAUGGGAUGUCAAUGUCCUUGUGGUGUCCAAGUAGCUCCUGCUUUCUACCUCACUCCUUCUAAAGUGGACUUUACUAACGCUAUUAAAAAUAUGGAAACGACUUUUUGAAUUAUGUAUAUUUAUUUUAAAUAUAUCGUAGUAAAAA